UUUUUGUUUUUAUUUAUGUAAAAGAAUCAUCAAUGUUAUGAUACAUUUAUAAUUUAUCUUUUAUGAUAAUCACUUUGGUUACAAAAGUUUCCAGAAAAAACAUGAAUUGUCAAAUACGUUUUAAUAAUGAAAAUAUUGAAACUUGUUUUUUAUUUCCAAUUUAUGAUUCUAGUCUACCAUUACAGCUAAGAUUUCAAAUGGAUCCAAAUAAUAAUAAUUAUCAUCAUCAACACCAUAAUCAAAGCCAAAUCAAUAAUGUUAAUGUUGAUGAAGAAAUUGUUCAUCAAUUACCUGAAGCAUUACCGAUUACUGAUUUUGAUGAUGGAACAAUGGAAAAAUCAACGAAUAAAAUGACAAUGUCUACAAAACAGUGGGAAAAAAUAUUCGAUAAAGAUGAUAAAAUUUUGAAUCAAUCUAUUAUCACCACCAACAACAAUGUAGAUAAUAAAGUGGUACGACGAAAUCGAAAUCGUGCACAAAAUCUAUUAUUUAUCGAAACAUUGGUUGAAAAAGUAUGUUUUGGCGUUGAACCAAAUCCAAUACUUCCUCAUGGUAAAGUGAAUAAAGUUCAACAUCGAGUCGAUAAACAACAAUAUGCAGUGAAGAUAAUUUAUUUGAAAAAAGGUAAAUUAACAAAAUUUACUCGUGAAACUCGUAUUUGUGCAAAAUUAUCACAUCCAAAUAUUGUUAUAUAUAAAACAUCUUGGAUACAGAAAUGUUUAUCAUCAACAAAUGAUGAUCAUAAUGAUGAUGAAUCGACAAUAAGUGAAAAUAGUAAAGAAAAUGUUACUGUCAUCGAAUCUUAUGGGUCAAAAAAUGUUUCAGAUAAAAUCAAAAGUAAAUUUUUUAAAUCUUCAUCGUCAUCAUCAUCAUCAUCAUCGUUGUCGUCAUCGAUUAAGAAAAUCGAAUCAAAAAUCAAUGUCACAGAACCGGCAGCAUUUCUUUUUAUGCAAAUGGAACUUUGUGGACAAAAUCUUAAAGAUUAUAUUGUUAAAAGAAAUGAUUCGAAAACGACAAUUGAUAAAUUAGAUUUGAUUAUUGAAUUGAAAUGGUUUGAACAGAUACUUGCCGGUGUUCAAUAUAUGCAUAAAAAUAAUUUUAUACAUCGUGAUUUAAAACCAUCAAAUAUUUUGUUUACAUUAGAUGGAAAAUAUUUAAAAAUAUGUGAUUUUGGUCUUAGUUCUUGGAUUCUACAAUGCAACGAUGAUGAUGAUCAAAUGUCAACAUCAUCAUCAUCAUCAUCAUUGAAAAAUGAUAAACAAAAAUCAUUAUCAUUUGGUAUGGGUACAACACCAUAUGCAGCACCUGAACAAUUAGCUCAAUCAAAUUAUGAUCAUCGUGUUGAUAUCUAUAGUUUGGGUAUUAUUUUAUUCGAAUUAGUUUAUCCAUUUGGUUCGGAAAUGGAAAAAUCGCGAUCUGUUAAACAAUUAAAAGAAUCACGUUGUCUUCCGAAUGAAUUUGAAUAUAAUGAUCGUUAUGGAAAACUUGGACAAUUGAUUCUUGAUAUGACUGAAAAUAAUGCAAAAAAACGAAUCAAAACAAUUAAUUUGAUUGAAAAACAAUUAUCAAAAAUUCGUUCACAAUUUGAUCAUAGAUCAUCAAGAAAAAAUCGACAAACAUAUGGACAGUUAAGGGAUGAAAUUUCAAAAUUAAAAAUUGAAAAACAAAAAGAUGCCGAUAAAAUUGCUAAAUUGGAAGAAGAAAUUCGAAUACUUAAACAAGGUGAACAAAAUAAACAAGAUAAAAAAACAUCAUCAUCAUUUUCGAAAAAAGUUGUUAAUUUUCUUAAAAAAUCUUAA